AUGCUAAGAGAUGAAACUCACUGGAAGAAAGGCGAGACAUUCGUUAGAGAAAUAAUGAAGAAAAAAGAAGACGAAGAACGGACGAGCCAGAACGAAGUAGAAGCUGAACAGGAAUUUUAUUCUAGAAUCACAGAGAGAUUAAAAAUGGAAGCAGAGUGUAAAGCUUUAAGAGAGGACAAUGCGAAACUCAGGGAUACGUUAGACAAAAUGAUACUGGCCGAAAACGUGACGCUCAGGAAAAAACUUGAGGAAAAUGAAAGAGCAAAACCAGACACAAAAGGGAAAAAACAGGAGAAGAAGCAGGAGGAAUCCAAAGCCCCAGCCACGGGUAAAACCGAAAAGACAAACAAAGAGGAAAAGACCAAAAAACCCGAAGUCAUCGAGAAUGACAAGGAAACGGGAAGAGAAAUCUCCCAGAAGAGGCAAAGGAAAACAGAUGAGACCACGGACACAGAGACGGAGGACGGUUUUGUAAAAACCGAAUCAAGAAAAGCCAGGAAAAGAACCGUGCGGCUAAUUGCCGUAAACAAUAAACCAGAAGAAAUGGAGACGGAAACAGUGGCACCAACGGAAACGGAGAUGCCAAACAAACAAAAACAAAAACUCCCAGAGGUACCAGUAUGGCCACAAGUCCGGCCAAACCCGAAUGCUGAGACACCGGAGGCGCAAACGCAAACACAACCCCCAGUCGACCCAUCGAAACCGCCACCGAUCGUAUUACACGACAAGACAAAGUGGACAGACGUGUCCAGGGAACUGAACAGGAGAAAGAUAAACUUCGCGAGAGCCAAGCUCACGAGCGAAGUCCAAACGCCGGACGGUAGACUGAACGCCGAUAUACUCGGCGUUCAGAGCCAGAAAAUCCAUCAUUCCGUUCUUCGAACGCGAGAGCAGUUCAGGGACGCAGACACCACUAGUGCAACGAGGGAAACAAGGAAGAGGCUCUUGUCGCCGUAUUUGCUGUAA